AUGGCCUCGAGUACGCUGGAAGUGCUGCAAGGUGGAAAAGCAUGGUAUCGCUGCGGGAGCGGAAUGAAUUUGGGAGAAGCACCCAUCUAUAGGGCAAGUGACUCCACGUUGCACUGGGUAGAUUGCCUGUGCGAGCCUCCAGAGCUGUACAUUCUGCACGUGGACCCAGAUACCGGCGACGCGAAAGGAGAGGCAAGAAUCCUCAAGCUCGAAGACAGCGUCACGGUGGUUUUCUUCCGGCAGAAUAAGCCCAGAAGCUACGUCUGUGCAUACUUCCAGGGUGUUGCGUUUCUGGACGAAGCCACGGGUAAGUUGGAGGUGGUCCAGGAAAUUAUUCCGACCGGCGAUCGUGAUAUUCGACGGUUCAAUGAUGGAGGGGUGGAUGCAAAAGGGCGUUUUUGGCUGGCCGAGAUCGACAGGAAAGCCAUGGCGUUCGGAGCGAACAAGUUACCUGCACACUAUGGGGAGCCUCUCGGUCGUCUUUGGCGAUAUGACCCUGAUGGCAGUCUACAUCUGAUGGAGAAAGGGAUUAUUUGUGGCAAUGGUCUUGCGUGGAGUCCGGAUAAUCAGACCAUGUACUUCAAUGACUCGAUAGCGAUGAUGGUCUUCGCGUACGAUUUCGAUUUGGAGAGCGGGAAUAUCUCCAACAAAAGACUCCUGAUAGAUCGACGGAAGUCUUUUGGCGAACCUGAUGGCAUGGUGGUCGACACGGAUGGAAACCUUUGGAUCGCGAUGUAUGCCUCCUAUCGAGUCAUGGUCUUCAGCCCAAGCGGCGAGCAUUUGAAGGAUAUUGUCUUCUCGGCAAACAACAUGACAUGCACGACUUGGGGUGGACAAGACUUUGACACUGUGUACAUCGCGUCAGGAAGGGACAAGGCCAUUGAUGCCACGAAGGAUGAUGAGGGUGGCCACAUGUUUCGUUUCAAGCCUGAGGGAGCGAAGGGAAUGCCGAAGUAUGAGUUCAACGGGUGA